AUGGUGGAUGAAGCACGUGAUGUUUCAAUAAAGGAGCAAAUGGCGAUGGUGUUGCGUUAUGUGAAUGACAAAGGACAAAUAAUUGAAAGGUUUGUGGGGGUUCAACAUGUAACCGACACUACUUCAAGUGCACUAAAGGAAGCAAUUGAUGAAUUCUUUUCUUCCACGAAUUUGAGCUUUUCCAAGCUACGAGGACAAGGUUAUGAUGGAGCUAGCAAUAUGAGAGGUGAGUUCAAUGGCCUUAAGACAAAGAUUUUGAGAGAACAACCUUGUGCAUUUUAUGUUCAUUGCUUUGCUCAUCAACUUCAACUAGCUCUUGUUGCGGUAGCAAAGAAAAACAUUGAUGUCAACUCUUUUUUCACAACGGCUAAUAGUUUGGUUAAUGUGGUUGGAGCAUCUUGUAAGCGUCGCGAUGCACUUAGAGCACAAUACCAAGAAGAGCUUGUAAGAGCUUUUGAAGAUGAUUGUCUUAUAACGGGGCGGGGCUUAAAUCAAGAAAGGACUCUCAAACGUGCCGGCAAUACACGAUGGAACUCACAUUAUGCAUUGCAAAAGAAAGAUCAAGACAUUGUGAGUGCAAUGAAUUUAGUGAAAACAUGCAAGGAAAACCUGCAGUUGAUGAGGGAUAAUGAGUUUGAAGAAUUGGUUGAGCAAGCAUCCUCGUUUUGUUACAAACAUGAUAUUAUAGUUCCUACCAUGGAUGAGGAAUAUGUAAUUCCAGGGAGAUCACGGCGUAAUGCUCCAAUGAAGACAAAUUAUCAUCGUUAUCGUGUGGAGAUCUUUAUUCAUGUAAUUGAUGGGCAACUUGCGGAAUUAAAUGAUCGCUUCAACGAGGUAAGUACUGAGUUACUUACUUGUUUGGCAUGCUUGAGUCCAAAAAAUAACUUUGUGGCUUUUGACAAACGAAAGCUAGUUCGUCUUGCUCAAUUUUAUCCUUAUGAUUUUUCGGAUAGAGACUUAUUGAUGCUUGAAGAUCAACUUGGUGUUUAUGUUCAUCAUAUGCGUUCGAGUAGUGAUUUUUCUCAAUUGGAAGGGAUUAGUAGUCUUGCGGAAAAAAUGGUGGAGAAAGGAAUGCAUGAAAUAUUUCCUUUUGUGUAUUUGCUUCUUACAUUGGCUUUGGUUUUACCGGUUGCAGCUGCAUCAGUGGAGAGGGCAUUUUCCGCUAUGAAUAUUAUUAAAAAUCCACUUCGCAACAGAAUGGGAGAUCAAUGGUUGAAUAAUAGCUUGAUUGUUUACAUUGAGAGAGAUGUUUUUGCUUGUAUUGAUAACGAAAUUAUAAUGCAACGUUUUCAGAAUAUGAAAACUCGUCGUGGACAAUUGUAA